AUGAAAGUCAAUCGGGGGAGAGUUCUUGUGCCGAAGGGGGUUAAGGGGGUCCCAUGCAAAAGCUCUGGCACAAAAGACCGUGUAACAUUCCACAUUGCUGUGACUGCAGAAGGUAAAACAUUGGCACCCAUGCUCAUUUACAAGAAGAGCUUUCCCAGUGGAGCGUACACACAAAGUGGUUCGGAUAACACCCUGUACGCAGUGUCGGAGUCGGGGUUCAUGGACAAAGACCUGUUCGAAAAAUGGUUCUGCAACCACUACGUCCGCACCCUCCCUCCGGAUAGGCCAGUACUUCUCCUCCUUGACCAAUGCGAGGCUCACCUAUCAGUAAAGACAAUCCAAACAGCACUAGAUGAAAACAUAAUCUUACUUGGCCUCCCCCCACACACAUCCCAUUUUUUACAGCCCCUGGACAAGACCUGCUUCGGUAGCCUUAAGGACACCUUAGGCUCAAUCGUUCAGGGGCUAAUGUUCGAAAACCCGGACUUUCAGCUGAGCAAACGUAACAUAAGUAAGGUCGUCAAAGCCGCUUAUGAGAAAUCGUUCACCAUGACCACUGUGAAAAAAGGGUUCAAGUCAACGGGGUUGUACCCAUGUGACAAGAAUGCUGUGAGCAAAAGGUGGGUGAAUGUAGGGCAGUCAAUCAUCGAUGUCCCUUCAACGUCUCAAGAAGAUUCCGAAGUCAACAAUGGCACCCAUGUACCAUCAUGCCAGCCCUGCAGGGCCCCAGGAUGCAAGACAUGCGGACCACCUCGCACAAACGUGUUGGUUGGCAGGAUGGUGCCAACCGAGCUGUCGGACCUGCUAGUUCCGCCACAGGUACAAGAGAAGAAGACAAGGGUUUCCAAGGCCAUAAAAACGGCGCGUGUUUUCACAUCGGCGGAAGUUCUACAAGAGCAAGUGGAGAAAAAGAAAAAGAGGGAGGAGAGAUUGGCGAAGAAGAAGAAGAAUGAGACAGGAAAAGCGGAGUUGGGGGAAAAGAGAGAGAAGCAGGAGAAUCAAGUUGAAUCAGAGAGGCCGCCUGCUCAAAAGAAGGGUGCUCAAAAGAAGGGGAAAAAACGCAAGCGAGAAGAGAAGGAGAACGAGGAAUUGCCAGCAGCUUCCCGAACUAUGCUGUCAGCGCACCCAGAGGCAAGCUCCAGCCGAGUCCGCAAGCCGCCAGUCUGGCUUCAGAACUACGUGGUCAAAUCAAAUCUUUAUUGA